CCCCCGCCCCCUCGGCCGCCGCCGCCACAGCCUCUUCUCCGGAGCCCCCCGCCGCCCGCCGCCCGCCGCCCGCCGCUCUCGGGAACCUCCGCCCGCCCCAGCCGGGGUCUUCUCUCGCUCCCUGCGCAGCAGAAACAUGGCGGCGGGUAGGGAGUGAGCCGCCCGGGCCCGCAGAUUUCUCCAUCCUGCUAAAGAAGAACAAUUUCUUAUUUGGCAAAGCUGAUGGUCGUAUGUGAAAACAAGAUCCUUGUGAAGAUGGAGAAAUUAGCAUACAGAGAAACUAACUUGUUAGAGGUCAGAGCAAAUUAUUGGUGGAUUAAAGGAUAAAACCCAAACAUCUUCAUUCUUUGACCAGUUUUUUAGUCCAUUGACUAUGCAGCCUAAUGGGUUGGCUUGGUGAUCAUGAAGUUCUUCAGCUCUUCUUUGUCAUGGAAGUAUCUUAUUUCUCCCAUCGACUUUGAAGGACAGUUUUGCAGGGUACAUCAGUCUAGCAAUAGAUUGGAAUGAUGUUAAGAAAUACAAAUAUGGUCCCCAAUCAGAGUGUGCACCUCAGUAUCAAGAAACUACUGACAUCCUCGAGCUAGGAAUUGAAAUCAUGACCUCAUGCUUGCCAGGCGGGCACUGUGCUACUGAGCUAUAUUUCCGGCCCUAAAAAUAAUUUUGACAUCUAGUGCUUUUUGUAUGGCCCAAAGGGGCCCUGUGCUGCUCCACUACCAAGGAAACGUCAAGAAAUGCUGUUUUGCUACAGUGGUUUAGCUUGUGAGAGUCUCUGGGACGUUCCCUGCUCCAUCAUGGUGUCACCUCUAGGUCAUUUUACCUGGGACAAAUACCUAAAAGAAACAUGUUCAGUCCCAGCGCCUGUCCAUUGCUUCAAGCAGUCCUAUACACCUCCAAGCAAUGAAUUCAAGAUCAGCAUGAAAUUAGAAGCACAAGACCCCAGAAACACCACAUCCACCUGUAUUGCCACAGUAGUUGGACUGACUGGUGCCCGCCUCCGCCUGCGCCUUGAUGGCAGUGACAACAAGAAUGACUUCUGGCGGCUGGUUGACUCUGCUGAAAUCCAGCCUGUUGGGAACUGUGAGAAGAAUGGGGGGAUGCUGCAGCCCCCUCUGGGAUUUCGGCUGAAUGCCUCUUCCUGGCCUAUGUUCCUUUUGAAGACACUAAAUGGUGCAGAGAUGGCUCCCAUUAGGAUUUUCCACAAGGAGCCACCAUCACCUUCCCACAACUUCUUCAAAAUGGGAAUGAAACUAGAAGCGGUGGACAGGAAGAACCCUCAUUUUAUUUGCCCAGCCACUAUUGGGGAGGUUCGGGGCUCAGAGGUGCUUGUCACUUUUGACGGGUGGCGAGGGGCCUUUGACUACUGGUGCCGCUUCGACUCCCGGGACAUCUUUCCUGUGGGCUGGUGUUCCUUGACUGGAGACAACCUGCAGCCACCUGGCACCAAAGUUGUGAUUCCAAAGACUCCUUACCCUGCAUCUGAUGUGAAUAUUGAGAAGCCCAGAAUCUACAGCAACACCAAAACUGUCUUGGAGCAUCAACCAGGGCAGAGGGGGCGUAAACCAGGAAAGAAGCGAGGCCGAACACCCAAGACCCUUAUUCCCCAUCCCAUCUCUACCCCAUCCAAAUCAGCUGAACCUUUGAAAUUCCCAAAGAAGAGGGGUCCCAAACCUGGCAGUAAGAGGAAACCUCGGACUUUGCUGAGCCUACCACCCACCUCACCAACAACCAGCACCCCUGAACCGGACACCAGCACUGUUCCCCAAGAUGCUGCCACCAUCCCCAGCUCAGCCAUGCAGGCCCCCACAGUCUGUAUCUACUUGAACAAGAGUGGCAGCACAGGCCCCCACUUGGAUAAAAAGAAGGUCCAGCAGCUCCCUGAUCACUUUGGGCCAGCCCGUGCCUCUGUGGUGCUGCAGCAAGCAGUCCAAGCUUGCAUCGACUGUGCUUACCACCAGAAAACUGUCUUCAGCUUCCUCAAACAGGGCUAUGGUGGUGAGGUCAUCUCAGCCGUGUUUGACCGGGAACAGCACACUCUCAACCUCCCAGCAGUAAACAGCAUCAGCUACGUCCUCCGCUUCCUGGAGAAGCUCUGCCACAACCUUCAUAGUGACAAUCUGUUUGGCAACCAGCCCUUUACACAGACUCACUUAUCACUCUCUGCCACAGAAUACGGCCACAACCACAACAGGUAUCUACCAGGUGAAACUUUUGUCCUUGGGAAUAGUCUGCCUCGGUCCUUGGCACCACACUCGGACUCAAUGGACUCUGCCUUGAAUCCCACCAAACUUGUCAGCUCCUCCUCAAAUCUUCGAACUCCUAGUUACCGGCCUGUGCUUCCCUCUUGUGGCCUCCCACCCAGCACUGCCUCAGUUGUGCGCAGGCUAUGUUCCAGAGGGUCAGACCGAUACCUGGAAAGCCGGGAUCCCUCUCGACUGAAUGGCCAAGACCCUUCCUUGUGGACAGUAGAGGAAGUGAUGCAGUUUGUCCGGGAGGCUGAUCCUCAGCUUGGAUCCCAUGCUGACCUGUUCCGCAAACAUGAGAUCGAUGGCAAGGCCCUGCUUCUGCUGCGCAGUGACAUGAUGAUGAAGUACAUGGGGCUGAAGCUGGGGCCAGCACUCAAACUCUGCUUCCACAUUGACCGACUGAAACAGGGCAAAUUCUAAAUGGAAUGCAGUCUAGACAACCCAGUGGUCAUGCAGAUUGGGUGUUCUUCUCCCAGAAAGGAGAGCCACCAGCCUAUUCCCAGGUGCCUCAGUGGGGCUCCGGGCCACCUCAGGGCUCCAAGAGGUUGUGUAGGGCCACCACUGCUGCCCCUCCUAUCAUGGUAUCUCCUUCCAUGAAGGACCAAGGAGAGGAGAAUGUAGGCCUACGGCUGGCGCUGCUCUUUCCCUCAACUCUGAGCGGCUGAAGCCUCCUCUAUUUAUUUCUCAGGCCUGGCUGUCCUCUCACCAGGAGUUUAGACUGAGAACCUUCUAAGUUAGGGAAGAAGAGGCCAGCCAUGGGGCUUCAUAAGACCCUCAUAUGCAGGCCCCUCUCCACUUCCUGGGAUUGGUGUGAAGUCCCAGCGCCUCCCAGCUCUUGCCUUCUCACUAGAUCCCAAGACUCCAAACUCAUGGUGCCAACCCCUACCUUUAAAAAGACAAAUUAUAGCUUUUCUUACUGCUAAUUUAUUGUUUCUGGCACCUGGCCAAAACCCUCUAGUUACUGCUUCUCUUCACCAGACACUUGAGUUUGGGGAGGAGGGAAACCACACUGCCCUGGUCCCAAAGAAGCUCUCUAGAGGAUGUGGCCUCUCUUCAGUGGAUACUGCCCUAGGGCAUCUUCUUUUUGGAAUGUACAGAACUACAUGCUCUACAUGGAUAAGAAAGGGUCUUGUCAUCUUCCCUCUUUCCCCACUGGGCUCUUUGCAGCCAAAGGCCCACUUGUGGGAUGGUGGCAGUUCUUCACUGUCCCCACUUCUGCUUCUUGCUCUGGUCAGAGGUGCUGCAGACAAUUGAGCCUAAGGAUUUUAGGCUAAGCAGACUCGAAGGUUGGGGAGGGAAUGGUCUCCAGCUGGAGUGGUUUAGUUCUUCCCCUGGCCAUGUGCUUUCUUGCAAACAAGUCAGCAACACAGCUGCUCCUGUUGCCAUCUGGACUUAUUUUAUGUCAAUUUGUUUAUAAAUAAAGCAAUGCAGAUGCCAA